AAUUGAUUGAUUGACUUUCUGUCUAUGACAAAGUGUCAAAUUUGAUUUGUGUCAAAAUUGAGUUGUUUUCUCUUCUUGCGACGGUUUUUUCUUGUUGGAUUUGUAGCACCCUGUUUAGUGGCUUUUCCUGUUGAACUGAUUAAAUUAUGGCAAACUGACAAUAAAAACUCUAUAAAAAAAUUUACAGAGUUAUUAUGAACUUUGCAUUUCAUCAGCACGGCAGUCCAGGCAGUGAAUCAGGUGUAGUGAGUGAUUGUGACACAAUGGCGGAUCUAGCCACAUUACUACGUCAGGAAAUUCCAGAAGGGCGUAAUAGCCUUACUGAAAAUCACACAAACUUAGAGCGUGUUGCGGAAUAUUGUGAAGCUAAUUACUUUCAGUCCGAACAUAAAAGAACUGCGCUCGAAGAAACCAAAAAUUAUACCACUCAGUCCCUAGCUAGUGUUGCUUAUCAAAUAAAUACACUUGCUUAUAAUUUCCUUCAAUUAUUGGAUUUGCAAACAUCUCAGCUAGCAGAAAUGGAGAGCCAGAUGAAUCACAUUUCUCAGACUGUUAUGAUACACAGAGAAAAAGUGGCUCGUCGGGAAAUUGGGGUGUUAACGGCAAAUAAAUCAACAAACAGACAAUAUAAGAUAAUAGCCCCUGCUAAUCCCGAAAAACCUAUUAAGUAUGUAAGAAAACCUAUAGAUUAUACGAUCUAUGAUGAUAUUGGGCAUGGGGCUAGGAAUAAUGGCACUCCGAAACAAAAACAAAGGGGGUCAAGCCAAGGAAGCAUCCAGUCCUUGAAUUCUAUGGUUGGCAAUUCUGUUGGGCCAGCUCCAACUACAAAACCACCAACCCCACCCCAGGUUUCUCGUGCUCCCAGUAAGGUUUCCAUAACUGGCACAUUGACCAAAAACAGUAGGGAUUAUAGAACUCCCCCUGCUGUGGCCCCUCCCCAAGUGCCAAGUCACUAUGCCCCAAAUUAUCCUAUGGGACAUCCAAGGAGAGAAAGGGGUCCAGGAUAUAGUACACUGCCACUUACGUCUAGCCAACAGGUAGCAUCACCACCACAGGUUGGGAUGGUGAUGCCUAUGAACAUGCAGCAGCAGAAUAUGCAUCCACAAACACCUCCUCCUCCACCACCAGUCAGUAGUAGCUAUAUUGACGAUCGUCAUAUGAGUAUGCCACCACCUCCUUCCCCUUUGGUCAACCAAGAAAUGGUGAUGCCUAACAAAAAUCAACACCACCCGAUGAUGAUGCAGCAACAUGCUCCUGUACCUGCUGGUAGUUUAGGAAUGCAUACAUUGUCCCAUGCUCAUGGUCAGCGUCUUUCACGAGAUAGCCAAUCACCACCCUUGCCCCCACCACCUCCUCCAGAAGACGAGCAUGCGUCCUUUGGAAGGCCCCGUACAUCCACAGUAAUGCCUAUUGUCCCAGAUGAAGAUGAUCUCCCGGGUUGGGUUCCAAAGAAUUACAUUGAAAAAGUAAUUGCCAUUUACGACUACUAUGCGGAUAAAGAUGACGAGCUCAGUUUUCAAGAGAGCGCAGUUAUUUAUGUUCUGAAGAAAAAUGACGAUGGAUGGUGGGAGGGUGUAAUGGACGGUAUCACUGGCCUCUUUCCAGGAAACUAUGUGGAGCCUUGCGUUUGAGGUUAAUGGAUACGUGAUGGUUGUUUAUUGUACAGAGAUUGCUUGUUGAUGACAUAUUUAUGCUGCUAUAUGUUAUGAGACAUCUAAGUGCUUCUUCAAUUGAAAAUUUAUGAACAUAAGUGAAUUUGAAUGAGUUCUACUUAUUAUUGACUUAUUGUAUAUGUAUAUCUGGCUUGAUCAUAUUUAUUGAAGAUUUUAGUAUUAUAUUUAUCGUUCAAUUUGUAUUAUAUAUAAGAAUUUGAAUAUAUUGAGUUUAUGAUAACUGAGGAAUAAAGGAAAAAAAGGAAAA